AUGGCAAGUGGGAUGAUUCCUUUUCAAGUCCCCCAACUCAACAAGGAUAACUACGACAAUUGGAGUAUAAGGAUGAAAGCAUUGCUCGGGUCGCAAGAUGCAUGGGAGAUCGUAGAGAAAGGCUACAUGGAGCCACAAGACGAGGUUGCUCUAUCCCAAGCACAAAGGGAUAGUUUGAAGGAUGCAAGGAAGAAGGACAAGAAGGCGCUCACCCUCAUCUAUCAAGCCUUAGAUGAAGGCAUGUUCGAAAAAGUAGCUUGUGCUACUACAAGUAAGGAAGCAUGGGAGAUCUUGCAAAACUCCCACAAAGGAGUUGAGAAGGUGAAAAAUGUUCGACUUCAAACACUUCGAGUUGUAGCCAUUGAUGAAUCUAAAGAUCUAGAUAGUAUGAAUGUCGAUCAACUCAUGGGAUCUUUACAAGCCCAUGAGGAAAGACUAAGGAAGAAAGUGAAAGAAGAGCCAUUAGAGCAAGCUCUUCAAAUAAAGCUCACUUUGAACGAGGGUGAAGGAAGGUUCAAUAGUAGAAGAAGACAAAGAGGAAGAGGACGAGACCAAGAUCGAGGAAGAAUUGCAUUCUACAAGGAGGAAAGAAGACAAAGUUCAUUUUCUACUAGAGGUCGCGGAAGAGGAAAAGAAUGUAGAAAAAUUACUAACCAAGUUGAGGAGAAAGCCAACUACGCUUGUCAGGAAAGUGAAGUAGAUCCUGCGCUACUAUUGGCUUACAAAGGUGAAGAGAGCAGAGAAAAGAAUACUUGUAAGCAAUGA